CGAACCUUCUAUCCUUCAGCGGACAUUGACUUCGGUUACUGACGGCCGUCAUGGUUCCCCUGGUGCAGCUGUCGCCCUUAAUCAAGAUGGCUAGGUACUCAGCAUUGCUGGUUGGUAUCUUUUAUGCCAAAAAGCGAUAUGAUUAUUUGAAGCCUAUUGCAGAAGAGGAGAGAGGAUUAGAGGCAGAAGAAAAAAAGAAGAGAGAAGAACUUGAACGUAUUGCAAACCAACUAGCAGAAGCAAAUGAAGACACUAUUUUGAAGUGACUGAACCCAUUGAAA